CAGACAAAAGAAAAAAGAAGGUUCCAAUUUUAAGCAUCUACCCCUGCCGAGGCUGCCGGCAGAGCAGAGCCCCAUGGUGGGGUUUUGGCUUGGCGUAUCAGCGACGUAACGGGAUUUUUCGCGCAGACGGAAUUGGAUCUUGUCCACUUCAUUCGGUCCAUGUUUUUGCUUUGUCUCUUCUUGCCUUUGCAAAAUACCUCAGUCUUCUGCCAACCGCUAUUGUUCGGGUCCCAGAAGUGUGAGGCCUCUCUUCAAUAUACCUCAGUCUCUCGGGAUGGAUGGCAUCGUCAACAUCGCCUCGACAGUGGGCAACCGCUUCUCAACGAACCUGAAGGCCACCUUUGCCGAUUUGACACCGGAGAAAUGGAUUCGCUUGGUGAUUAUUGCUGGCUUCUACCUGCUUCUGAGGCCGUACCUGAUCAAGCUUGGCGCACGCGCUCAAAUGAAGUCGCACGAACAAGAAGCUGCCGAGUCGGAAGCGGCAGCCAAGGCCAAAAUAUCACCCAACGAGUUGCGUGGAAGGGUCGAGGUCCCUGAGGACACUGACGAUGAAGACGAUGCAAAGGCAUCCGGGCCCGAUUGGGGUAAAAAGGCGAGAAGAAGACAGCGUGAGAUGAUCAAGAAGAUGCUGGAGGUUGAAGAACAGCGACUACGGGAGACUAAAGAAGAGGAGGAGGACAAGGAUAUCGAGGAGUAUCUGGUUAAGGAAUAAACACAAACAGGAGACAAAACACUAAGUAAUCGAGAUACAAUAAAUAAUAACGAAGCAACGGACUGUAUCGCUAAACCGCGGGGAAGCUGGCUAAUAUACAGUAUCCUACUAACUGACCUCAAAAUGGGUACGGGACGCCUUGGACAAUGGGAAAUGAAUGGCGGCCUUGAAGCUGACUUGAGCUUUCAUGAAUUCGUAGUGUACGUGAC